UGGCAAUAUGGCGCUGACUUUGAGGAAUGAUAUCUGGAGAUGCUGAGAGCGUGUUGGAGAUUACAAGCACAUAUUCAAAUUCUUGUUCUUAAUCAAAUGGAGAUGAAUGAAUAGGAUCAAUCUCUCUCUGAGGGAAAUUAGUAAUUGAAGAGCUGUCGUUCAGGACUUCUGUGUCCUGCCCUAGCACGUCAUCAAAGUUUUCAGAUCAUCAAAUUACCAUCAAGGUACAGUAUAUCCACUCAACUUCAUAAUGUAAAAUUAUAACUUCAUUCUCCAUAUUGAUUCUAGAUUACAAUUCUUACUGUGUGAUGUCUGAUUUCAAGUUAUUUAAAGAGAACACCUUCACCCACCCAAAAUAUGAUUGAAUCAAAAUAACGCAAUUUCGGCUCAUGUUCCCCAGCAGUUAUGUACCACAGACGUCCUUUCCAAAUAGUAAUAACACUCAGAAUAUAUAGCACACAGACCUUCUCAAGUCUAAUGUGGUUUUCAAUGAGGACCAGGUCCUCAUUUGUCACUUUCCAUUGUCGACUUGCAAAAUGGACACUCAACUUCUCAAUGACAGUUGCCUCUACUCUGACCAAAUCACGACUACAUGUGAAUAGAGGAGGGGAAAUGGCUGUUAGAAUAUGAAUAUGACAUGAAUAUGGGAACAACAAAAAAGUGCAGUAUAUUCUACUCCUUACUGCAUACAUUCAAAACCCAAACAUGGCCCAAAGUUCACAUGCGGUUCUGGAAAAGACACAGAUACCAGAAGAAAAAAAGUAUAUAUUUUUUUUUUACAUGUUGAUUGUUUUUCUUUAUAUUUUAGCAAUGAGGUUAAAAUAAUAUCUUAAACUGUGUAGUGUACAAAUCUAAGCUAGCACAACAAUAUUAAUUUAUUCCCAUAAAGUCCUAUGAAGGGUAUUUUAAUUUAAUUGGGAAACAAUCUAAACAACAACACUCUAAUGUAAAUGUCAAAUAUAAUUUCCCAGGGAGAAUUGUCAGCAUGAACAAGUGUGUAAAAGCUGCAAGAGUUUUAGUGUGGGAAAGUGACACAUUCCAGGGUAGCUAGUAGAAAAGGAAAGUGGGAAACCACUGUAUGAAUGGGUACACUACACACUUUUUAAUUAAGGGAUACAUAGUUGGGUGAUCACUGGAUCAUAAUCAUUUUUUUUUUUAGAUUCAAUGAAUGACCUAAAUUCCUCUGUCCACACAUGCCAAUUACUGGUCAAGUAUAAUUUGAUAUUGUUUUCUUGGAGUAAACAGGAACAUUAAAUUUCUCCAGAGAGCGGAAAUGACCCAGGAUAUCACAACAGAAAAGAGAGGCACACUUGAGUUAUUGUACAACCACAGACAGUGCUUCGGAUCAACACAAUUGAAGUUGCUCCCAGAUUGACAUGAUGCUAUAUGUUUUGAAUUGUAAAUAAACGUUUGGUCAGUGAAUGUGGCACUGAAAUUGAGAACACGUGCUCAGUAUGAAAAUAUAAUGGGAAAACUUAUUUAUACACAACAUUUGGUAACUUUAAAGUUAAUCUUUGUAAAUGUACCUUUUUUUAUGUAAGCAGAUGUGCUUAUAUUGUACAUCUACAACAAUCUGUCAUAGGUCAAUUAUUUAUGAAUCUGUUAUGAAAUUGGUGAAAUUCAGGCACAGUUUCUCGCCUAUAUGACAAAUAGCCAUAUGAUAUGUUGCGGGAGUUGAGAAACCUAGCUUGAAGACAGAAAAGAAGGAAAACUUGAGGUAUUCCAGCCUGGUCUCAUAGACUAGACAUAAUAUAGUAAACGAAAAACGCUGAGACAACGUUUUCACACUUGGUCCCUUUCAGACAGUUUUUGUGAACUCAAUGUGGUUUGUUUAAUUUUGAUUUGUGCAGUGUGAACACUCCAAAAUAACUCAAAAGAGCCCCGAAGAGAUCUGAACUGAGACCAUCUCUAGAGGUGUUCUGACUUCGCUUUGCUUGAAUUUUGGGUCUGGUUCCAUUUUUUUAGGACAAUGAACGCCAAGCUCCCCAAAUUCGCUUGUCAUUAUUCCCGCACCACACACUAGACUACUGCAACACUGUUUUCCCUGCCAUAAACCCUCACGUUGGUGUCACAAAAGAGAAGAUGAGGAUGUGCAUGUUCGUGGGGAAAAACGGCUGUUUUUGGAUAUUGACUAGCGAUUGUCAAGGACUUUAAUUUUUGUUGAGAUACAAAAAAAAAAUAUGUGGUCUAUAGGCUAAGAGAGCUUCAUAAGCUGUUUAUUGAUUUUGGAGAUUGAAUAAUGUGAGAAGACAACAUAUUUGGUGAAAAUCACACCAUAGGUUAGGCAAUCUAUUCUAGCUCUUAAAAGGGCAGUAGCCCACCUUGGGUGUACAAUAUUCAAUGACAGCAUUAUUCUGUAGUUACUCUAUUGCUAUGUAUUAUGUUACCAAUCAAAUUUACAUGUUAAUAGUAUCUUCUGAUUAUAAUUAAUGUCUAAUUUUUUAACUAAAUGCAAUCUAUUAGCUUCUAAAAUGUAAGUAGUUAUAUCUAGCUGUCUGGGAACACAUUUGGAUAAAAUGGCUUGUCCUGCACUUUGUAAAAACCCAGAGUGCGUGUUGGAAAAAGAUCUUGGUUCCUUUCUAAACAUAGCAAUGUGAUUGUUUGGGUGAUUGGGCAGAGUGGAUGUCUAGUAACCCAAAUGUUGCGUAUCUGAAUGUCAUCACGAGCAACAUUAGCAUUUUAGCUAAUUAGCAACUUUGCAACUACUUAGUAUGUUAGGUUAAAUUGUUAAGGUUAGCUAACCAUACGAAUUCUAAUACCUAACAUAUAAUAAAUGGAUAAUGGACAUCCACAAAUUAAUACAUACCAUACAUAACUUAUACUAAUUUGAGGGCCAGGCUUUUUGUUUACUAUGCUACGUCUACCCCCUGAGUCCAGGUUGCUAUUCAGGAGUGUGGGUGCUGGUACAAUCUCGUAGAGCUCGGGGAACGCAUCGAAUAUGAAUUGGAAACUUUUUAUGGUUGCAUGUUGAAUUUGAUGACUAAUUUAACAACAUCCAAUGGAUAAAGAAACCAUGUCCACCAAUUUUGGUCUAUCAAGAACUUUGAAAAGGACAGGCAGUUUGUCUUCGAGAACGGUCAGGAUAGUGAUAUUGGGCCAAGCGGCUGUUGGCAAAACUGCAAUGGCUGUGCGCUUUAUCACUAGAAGAUUCAUUGGCGAGUAUGACCCAACGCUCGAGACCAUAUACAGACAUGAGAUGUCUAUUGGUGGUGAUGUGGUACACUUUGAAAUACUGGACACAGCAGGGCAGGAGGAAGAUGCCCUGCUGAUCGAAGAGAAGAUAAAGUGGGGAGAUGGAUUUGUGAUUGUGUACUCUGUAACAGACAGGUGUAGCUUUGACGAGGUCAUGCGCCUCUGUUUCCUGGUCAAUCACAUCCACUCCUCUUCAGGCGCCCGCAAGUGCAGCCCUGAGCCUCCUCCCAUAGUUAUUGUGGCCAACAAGAAAGACCUUGAGUUUGACCGAAUGGUGAGUACUGAGGAUGGAGAAGGCCUGUCACAGGGUCUAAAACUGCCCUUCCACGAGAUUUCAGUGCGUGACGGAUGGGAAGAGACAGCGGCCGUCUUUAGUGUUCUUUAUGGAGAUGUGAUCCAGCAACUUGACACUUCCCCAGCCUCAUUUCGCAGGAGAGCAGUCUCCAAGCUGAUGGAUAAGAUCCCCAGGAUCAACUCCAAUCCUCCUGGCCCCUCUGGCCGCAGCUUCAGCUUCAGCUCAUUCAGGGACUUCCUGCCUGACUGAGCCGGAUGGGUUGGGGCUCUGAACAGCGUCUGUGAUUUGGGUAUUCACAGGGGGAAAGUGAAACAUGUUGUUUUGGCAGCGUGCCUCUCUAGAAUAGCUGUGUUAGUGCUCUAUGGAAAGUGAUACACUUGGACACCUGGAUACCUGGAUAAGAGACUUGGACACAUUCGAUCGGAAGAUGGACCUAGCAACUACUGUAGAAUGUAAUUCUAUAAAUAUUUGUGGGGAUAAGAUUAAAAUCAAGCGUAAUAAGAGUAUUACAAUUCUGUUUGUAUUUUGACGAGACAUGAACAACAAACUAAAUAUCAAAAACAUCUAGUAAUAAAAUGUAAAUAUUUGUUACAGUAUCAUGAGAAUAAAAUGAACAUUCUGCA